UUGGCAUCGAAGCGCUGGCGAUAGUUGGCAUGUUACGUGUGUUUUCGGCUUCCUCGCUUCCUUCUCGUUCUCGUUUCCUUCCUCCUUGAUUCCGAUUCCGAGUGUUGUGUGCGUCGAGGGCAGUGAUUGUGCGAUGCAACAACAUCCAAAAUAUUAGCAGCAGCGAACUUCAAAGUGAAUCACCGCGUGCACCAACACACACACGCACGCACACAUGCACACAUACGGCAGGCAACAGCAGCAGCAGCAACAACAACACCAACGGCAACGGGCAUUAUCGCAGCAACAACAACAACAACAUCUAACGCGUUGAAAACACUUAUUGCGGAGUAUAUUCGUUUUCGCUGCAUUUGCUGACUGGCUGGCCGCACGAUCGUUCUGCUUCCGCCGACGGCUCCGCGAAAGAGUAGCCUUCCGAACGGGAAAGGAAAAACGGCGAAAACAAACAAACAAAAGACGGGGAAAACGCGUGUGUGCGCGGUCUGUUGCUUAUUUUUUGUGGUUAGCACAACAGCAAAAAUUGGAGUGACAAACAACAGUUAGCCGUUGGAGCUGCAAGAUGACAUCGAAGAAAAGGAAAACGUUAUUAGACGCCGAUGACGACGAUGAUAACUUCGAUGAGGACGAUUCGGGCUCCGAUUUCGACGAUGACGAGGAUCCUGAUCAAAUAGAAGUACCCGGCGGUGGUCGCGAUUUGAAUACCGCUGUUACCUACGCCCAGAACAUCCGCAGCGGAGUGGGCGUGGCUACCAAGGGGCCUGCAGCCGUGCCCAUAAGUGUGUCCAAAGUCGUUAAGCCCUUCAACAACAUCAAGCCGAUUUCGUUGUUGCGGAUCAACAACAACAACAACAACACCAUAGUCACCACCGUCAGCGGCAGCAACAACAGCACCAGCAACGGCAACAACGUCGCCGUGCGCAAGAUAAUCACAACAGCGGCGGCGAAGCCAAUAGUGGGGGGCGGUGCGCCCACGGUUGGGGGCGUGGCACUGGGCGGAAAGAUCACAGCGAUACCGAUAAGAAAAGUAUCACCCCUGGAGAACAACCUGAACAACAUGCCAAAGAAAGUGAACAACGCAAUCACGGCCAUGGGCAGUCCAGCGGCCAGGAGCAGCGGCAAUGCUGGGACGACUGGGUCGCCUGGUGGGGCCGCUGGGUCCACCAGCAGCUACUUGAACAGCCUCAGCACCAACGAACUGAUGAACCUGGCCGCCUACGUGGCCGCCAAGGGUAGCAGCGCCCCACCGCCUCCGCCGCCGUCCACAGCCGCCAAUUCGGUGAGGAGCCCGCCUCCGGGCGGCGGUCCCAGUCCCGGUGGCAACUUCUUCGGCGGAGCGGCCGCCGCGUCCACCUCAGCCUCUGCCGCAAAUUUCAAUAUGGCCGCGUCUUUAUUGGCGCAGAUGAGUUACGGGGGCGGAGUGGCGCCCAUUCGCGCCAUCAAGAUGGCCGGAGCUCCUGGCGGGAUCGGGAACAACCAGAAGCCGCCGAUUGCCACCACAGCCGCAAGCGCAGGAGGAGGAUCAUCCAGCGGAGCAGCUGCCGCCGGCGUGAAGGGCAACCUCUCGAUGCUGGAGGCCGUGCAGAAGCUGAUCGCCAUGAAUCCGCAAUACCUGACCAGCGGCAUACCGAACAAUGUAUUCCAGCUGCUCAUGAACUCCAUGCAACGCGCGCCGGCGGCUCCCUCGCCCAUGCAAAAGAUCAAUCCCGGCCCCAUGGUGACGAGCGGCGCGGCAGCAGCAGCGGCGGCGGCCCACGCCUCGGCGGCAGCCUAUGUCCAGCAGGAGGAGGACGAGGUCGACUACGAGGAAAUGGGCGUGGCCGAGACCUAUGCCGACUACUGGCCCGCCAAAUUGAAACUGGGCAAGAAGCAUCCGGACGCCGUGGUAGAGACAGCCUCGCUGAGCUCCGUGGAGCCCUGCGACGUCUACUACAAGUUGUCCCUGCCCCAGGAGACGAUAAACAGCGGACAUCUUAGUGCCCUGCAGCUGGAGUCCAUCACGUACGCCUCGCAGGCGCACGAUCACCUGCUUCCGGACGGAAGCCGGGCAGGAUUCCUCAUCGGUGAUGGCGCUGGUGUGGGCAAGGGUCGCACCAUCGCCGGCAUCAUCUACGAAAACUACCUAAAGGGCCGCAAGAAGGCGCUGUGGAUCUCCGUGUCCAACGAUCUCAAGUACGAUGCCGAGCGGGAUCUCAGCGACAUCGGAGCCACGCGCAUCGAAGUCCAUGCCCUCAACAAGUUCAAGUACGCCAAGAUCAGCUCCGACGUGAACAACAACUGCAAGCGCGGCGUGAUCUUCAGCACGUAUUCCGCGCUGAUCGGCGAGUCCAACAACAAGACGGGCAAGUACCGAUCGCGGUUCCGCCAGCUGCUGCAGUGGUGCGGCGAGGACUUCGAGGGCCUGAUCAUCUUCGACGAGUGUCACAAGGCCAAGAACCUGUGUCCCGUGGGCUCCGGCAAGCCCACCAAGACGGGUCAAACCGUGCUCGAACUGCAGCAGAAGCUGCCCAAGGCGCGAGUGGUCUACGCAUCCGCCACGGGUGCCUCCGAGCCCAAGAACAUGGCCUACAUGGUGCGUCUGGGUCUCUGGGGACAGGGCACUGCCUUUGCCAACUUCAACGACUUCAUCACCGCCGUGGAGAGACGCGGUGUGGGCGCCAUGGAGAUCGUGGCCAUGGACAUGAAACUGCGCGGCAUGUACAUUGCCCGCCAGCUGAGCUUCAAGGGCGUCAGCUUCAAGAUCGAGGAGGUGCCGCUCUCCAAGGAGUUUCGCAAGAUCUACGAUCAGUCCGUGGAGCUCUGGGUGGAGGCCAUGCAGAAGUUCACCGAGGCGGCCGAACUGAUCGACGCCGAGAGCCGCAUGAAGAAGACCAUGUGGGGCCAGUUCUGGUCCUCGCAUCAGCGCUUCUUCAAGUACCUCUGCAUCGCCGCCAAGGUGAACCAUGCGGUGCUGGUGGCCCGCGAGUCCAUUAAGUACGGCAAGUGUGUGGUCAUCGGUCUGCAGUCCACCGGCGAGGCGCGCACCCUGGAUCAGCUAGAGAAGGACGACGGCGAGCUCACCGAUUUCGUCUCUACGGCUAAGGGCGUCUUUCAGUCCUUCGUAGAGCGACAUUUCCCGGCACCCGAUCGCAAUCGUAUCAACCGCAUCCUCGGCCUCUACGACGAAACCCCCUCCAUCGCCGACUCCACCUCCAGCUUGGGUACCAAUAGCAAUAGCACAACAGCGGCUGCCAAGCGAAAGGGAAGCAGCAACAAUGACAACGGAUCCUCCGCGGGUGGUAAGAGCAAGAAGAAGAAGCGCAGUGGGUCCUGGCAAUUCAGCGACAGCGACGACGAGGACGCGGACAGGAAACGCAAUCGGAAGCGGGACGCAGGCAACUCCAACAGCGACAGCGACGAGGCGAAUAGUGAUGAUGACUUCAGGAGCGACAUGGAUGACGAGGAUGAGGACGACGAGGAUCACGACGUGGACAGCGACCGGCGGAGCGUGGCCAGCGAUGCCAGUUCCGAUUUCAAUCCCUUCUUCAGCGGCAGCGACAGCGACAUCGAUCCGUGGGUGAAUGCCCGCAGCAAGAAGUCCACCAAGAAGACCCAAAAGAAGACCAAAAAAAAGGUGAAGAAGGAGAAGGGCAAGAAGGAGGCCACCUCCUCGGCAUCCAGUUCAGCUGCCACCGAUCCCAGUGGUAGCACGACGAUGUCGGCCACUGUGGUCGCCGCUCUGAACGCGGCCAAGAGCCGCAAGUCACAGCUCUCUACGCAGGACAAGAUCCAGGAUCUGCUGCAGAAGAAGCAGGAGCUGAAGGGCACAGUCACGCCGGUGGGCGUGAACGGUGUCAAGCUGAACUACGGUCCCCCGCCCAAAGACGCAAUUGAACGAGCCUGCACGAUGAAGGAGGAGCUGUUGCGCAAGAUCGAGCGCCUGGGCUCCCGCCUGCCGCCGAACACCCUGGAUCAACUGAUCGACGAACUGGGAGGUCCGGACAACGUGGCCGAGAUGACGGGUCGAAGGGGCCGCGUAGUGCAAACUGACGACGGUAACAUCCAGUACGAGUCCAGAACCGAGUCGGACGUGCCGCUGGAAACGCUGAACAUCACCGAAAAGCAGCGUUUCAUGGACGGCCAGAAGGAUGUGGCCAUCAUCUCGGAGGCGGCGUCCAGUGGUAUUUCCCUGCAGAGUGAUCGGAGGGUCUUCAACCAGCGGCGGCGUGUCCACAUCACUUUGGAGCUACCCUGGUCCGCCGACAGAGCCAUCCAGCAGUUCGGACGUACCCAUCGAUCUAAUCAGGUAAAUGCGCCCGAGUACAUCUUCCUCAUCUCGGACUUGGCUGGUGAACGGCGUUUCGCCUCCACCGUGGCCAAGCGUCUGGAAUCGCUGGGAGCGCUCACCCACGGCGAUCGCAGGGCCACAGAGACCCGUGAUCUCUCCCAGUUCAACAUAGACAACAAAUACGGUCGACAGGCCUUGGAGACGGUGAUGCGCACCAUAAUGGGCUACGAGUCGCCGCUGGUGCCGCCGCCCACGGAUUACAGCGGAGAGUUCUUCAAGGACAUCGCCGGGGCCCUGGUCGGUGUGGGCAUCAUCGUGAACAGCGAGAGUCACCCGGGUGUGCUGAGUCUGGAUAAGGACUACAACAACAUAUCAAAGUUUCUCAACCGCAUUCUCGGCUGUCCGGUGGACCUGCAGAACCGUCUGUUCAAGUACUUCACGGACACCAUGACGGCAAUCAUCCAGCAGGCGAAGCGCGGCGGUCGCUUCGACCUGGGCAUUGUGGAUCUGGGAGCUGCCGGCGAGAAUGUGACCCGCUGCCGGCUCAUUCGGUUCGUGCGAAAACAUGCCACCGGAGUGGCGCCCACAGAGAUGCACACGGUUCGCGUGGAGCGCGGCAUGAUCUGGCAGGAGGCCAUUGACAAAUACGCCGAUCUGUUCAACGAGAACGAGGGCUUCUACCUGUCCCACCAGCUGCGCAACCAGAAGCGAACCGCCAUCAUGGUGGUGAUCUUGGAGCACCAGCCCGCGCGCAACAGCAGUUCGAGCAGCACCACCGACUCCGACGGCGCCAGCAAGAAAAAGAAGUCGCGCAGCAAAAAGGAGAUCAUGUGCCAGAUCUACCGGCCGAACACCGGUCUCCAGGUGCGCCACGAGUCGCUCUUCGAGCUGGAGAAGAAGUAUCGCAAGGUGUCCAGCAAGGAGGCAGAGCCGCACUGGACGGAGCAGUACGACGCGUCGGUGAACACCUGCUCGCACGCCUACUGGAACGGCAACUGCAGGAAUGUCAGCCUGGGUAACGACUGUGAGGUGGGCUUGCGCCAGCGGUUGUACCACGUCCUGGCGGGCUCCGUGCUCUCCGUUUGGGGACGAGUGGAGCACAUACUGAAUACACGUUCCAAUAGCAAGAUGCAAGUGAUACGCAUGAAGACGACCGAGGGUGAGAAGAUUGUGGGCACCCUGAUACCCAAGUCCUGCUUCGAGCCGUUGGUGGCCGAUCUGCGCAGCGACUCGGAGAAGCAGGAGGAGUUCAACUACUAGUGUGCAGGGCCACUGGAGUUCCAGUUGUGUGAUGUUGUUAUGGCUACACCUUUGAGAACGCUAUCCCCCCGUAUCUUCCAAACCAAGGCCAAGCAAUAUUGAGUCCACAGCGGAUGGUAGGGAGCAUGUGCAGCAUGAUAGGCUUUAACAUAAUAUAUAUAUAUAUAUAAAUAUAUAAAUACUACUAUAGAUAAUCUUAAUACAUAGCAUAUGUGUGAAAGGACAUGAAUUAUAAGGCUCCCGGAUAGUAGCAAACGCUUGAGAAACCAACUUUUUUUUUCCUAAUUUUAAAUAGACUUAACCAUGUAAAUCAGACUUUGGCUCGUCAUAGCUCAUAAAGAACCACACUCUCAUACAGACACCCGCGCAAGGAAAGAUGAUAUGAUAUAUAAAGAACGCAAUGAAAACGCUUAUAAAUGGACUUUUCUCAAUGAUUUAAAGAUUAAUUUUAGUUACGAUUAAGUUAAACACAGUGAACCGCCACAUUUUGUAAACUAUUUAUUAUUACUAUAUAUAUACAUACACGUUUUUUAAUUGUUUUUAAUGUAACAUUUUUAAGCACCUUUCGAUGGCUGCAGCGCAGCGCGGCAAGCAAAACCCCCGAGCUAAGGCAUUUUUUUUAAUCAAAUUGUAAUUAGAUAUUUACUUGUAAUGACUAAUCUUAAGUUAAAACCAACAGACAUUGAGAGGCAUCUGAAGAUAGGAUAAGAGAUCGCGAAAUAAUUAUGUUCGAUGGAAACUCAUCUGAAUUGUGCAAGCAUACGUACAAUUAAUAAAUAUAAAUGUGCGGAUUAAA